AUGUCUGUUAUCUUCGCAUGCCCAGCUACACGUGCACAAAAGAGGAGACUUGAACGCAAUGCUGCAAACGCAAAUAAAACUUUGCGACCAUUGAAUUCAUUCUUUCAUUAUCGUGUCGAUGUUCAACCGGAAUUUCGUAAACGAUAUCCGGCUGUGAACGAACGACUAAUCUCAAAGAUGAUCAGCGCAAGUUGGAAAAAAGAAUCGGCUGAAGUUAAACGAAAGUACACUGAGAAAGCAGCUAAGGCAGCAAUUGAGCAUAGAAAACGUCAUCCAGAGUACGUAUUUCGACCAAGGCGAACAAGAACGUUGAAUCCUAAAAAAAUUUCAGUGCGCUUUGGACCAACUUUCAGCGUUAAUUCCUCGAUACCAUUAAAAGUUGAUGAUGUUCAAAUACCGGUGGGCAAUCAAGUCCAUGAUCAAUCUAAUCAUUAUGAACGACAAUUUAUGUUGAUCCAAUACAUACCCCAAAAGAAUGAACAUAAAUUACUUGAAGAAUGUUUUGUUCCGAUCAAUGAUUAUUCGGAAAAUUUUUCAAAACUUGAAGACACUGAAAAAGAAACUACAAAUCAAUCAUUAAAUUCUAAUAUAAUUGCUACUAUUGAUCAAGAAAUAGUAAUAGAAGAUUGGGAUGCUGCUCAAAACGCAGCGGAUGAAUUUUUUAAAUUUCAGUCAGGAGGAGAAAUUGACAAUUUAUUCGAAACUACCUUCGAUAUUCCUAAGGGAAUUUGA